AUGUGCCUUGUUGGUGUUGAGCUGGAAACAUGUAAAUACCUACUAAACUCUCAGCGAGAGCAGAGGACGAAUUGUAAAGCCAUAGUGAGUAAGAACAUGCCCGUCAUGUCUGGUGCUUUGAAAUGGGCCAAAAUGCUGAGAAACAGAAUUCAGGUGCUGUGGGAGAAUAUGCGAUUGGUGCUUGACAUGACUUUUGAAGAAGCAGACAUGAAGACAUUAUAUCAUAAAUACAUGGAGAUGUCCUCACUGCUGGACGAGUAUGAAAACGAGGUGUACUCAGAUUGGUGCAGUAAUGUGGAACAAGUCUGCCAGCUGAACCUUGACCAACCUCUAAUUAAGAGAGAUUUAAUUUCUGGUUUCCUUUCAGUGAACUUCAAUCAAGAGCUGAUAGCUGUCCUGAGGGACGUCAGAUAUCUUCAGAUGUUGGAUCAGACCAAUAUCCCAUGUGCUGCUCUAGAGGUCUAUGAGAAAAGAGACACAUUUCUUACGGUUUGUAAUAAUUUGCAGUUACUGGUCCAGCUGUACAACAAGGUACAGCAGAUGGCUGCGGAUUCGGAGGUUUCCCUUGUGAAACACGAUCGAGAGGCCAUAGACAAGCAGCUGUAUUGGGCUGAGACUGAACUGACAUGGCAGAAUCAAGGCUGCUUGAACUAUAUCUGCCAGGUUAAAGAUAUGGUAUAUAAAAUGGAGCGCAAGCUUCAAAAAUCUAGAGACAAUGUUGAGACGAUUAGGGAGCUGAUGAAGGGAUGGAGCAUGCAGCCAAUCUUCUACAGGAAGGACAAUAAGAAAGACACACUGCUGAUGCUGGAGGACAGAGCAGCAAGAGUGGCAAAGAAAUACAGUAGCAUAAGGAAAGAUGGAGAGACCAUACACAGUCUGUUACAGGAGAACAAAAACCUUUACACUGCAGUUGAUGACUCUGAAGCAUGGAAAGAGUACUUGGAAUAUGUGGAUGAAAUGGUUGUGGAAGGUUUUUUCAAUUCCAUCACUUACUCUUUAGAGUUCUUUGUGAACAACAUGGAAGGAUCAGUGAGACAGGCUCCACUGUUAGAGGCUCAGAUGGUGCUUAACACAUCUGAGAUAGUUUUCAAACCCUCUCUGGACAUCGGCGCAGGAGAUAGCCUGUAUGAGUUAGUCGAGGGAUUGGUGCAGGAUGUGUUCCAAAUGUCCACUCAAAUUAAAAGGGUGGCGCCUCAUCUGGAUAUAAAAGACUAUCAGGGUGACAUGGAGGAUAUGCUGGAUCUCUUAGACCUGCGACAGGAAGUGAUGGAGCGAGUGAAGGAUGUAAUCACGAAAGUCUCUCAGUAUCAGAGCUCAUUUGAAAUAUACACACACCUGUGGUUGGAUGAUCAGAGUGAGUUUCUCAAGCAGUUUCUCCUGUAUGGUCAGGCUCUUACACCUGAAUAUGUGGAAGCCUAUAGGGAGGCUAUAGAUUUACCAGUGAAUCCUCCCACAACUGACAAGUUCAGAGAGCAGAUUGACUAUUAUGAAGAACUGUAUGCACAAGUGAGCAAGCUCGAGGACCGGCAAGUGUUUGACGGAUGGUUUAGGGUGGAUAUCCGUUCGUUUAAGAUGAGUCUUUUAAACAGAAUUAAAAAAUGGAGCUGGAUGUUCAAGGAGCACCUUUUGUCAUAUGUGACAAAAAAUAUUACAGACCUUGAGGAGUUUAUCGUCAGGGUUGACUCAGGGCUAAAAGAGCCAGUAAAGAGUGGAGACUACCAAGCGCUGGUGCAGGUGAUGGGCUGCCUGCUGGCUGUCAGAUCCAGACAGCCCAGUACAGACAAGACGUUUGAGCCACUCACAGCUGUGGUCAACUUGCUUCAGCAGUAUGGAGAAACACUCCCUGAACAUAUUUACACACAUCUAGAGGAGUUACCUGAGAGAUGGAAUAGCAUUAAGAAGCUGGCCUGGUCGGUCAAACAUGAGGUCGCUCCUCUGCAGAAUGCAGAAGUGGCGGUCAUACGUAAGAAGUAUGCAGCAUUUGAGGUAAAGCUGCAUCAGUUUGAAGAGAAAUUUAGAAAGGAAGCUCCUCUUUAUGCCAACACGGAAAGCCCGUACACGGAACUAGAUAAUUGGCACAGCGAGGUGAUAAGACUAGAGCAGGAGGCGGCGAUGUUGCAGGAAUCGUGUAAGCUGUUUGAAGUGAGCAGCCCAGAUUUCAGGCAGAUCAAGCUCUGUCAGAGACAGAUCUUUGUCUUAAAGCAGCUCUGGGACCUGCUUCUGUGUGCUCAGAGUGUAAUGGACGUCUGGAAGGAGACACUCUGGAGAGAAAUUAAUGUGGAUCAGAUGGAUGCAGAACUGAAGAAGUUUGCAAAAGAAAUGCAGAGUCUUGAUAAAGAUGCCCGGGUUUGGGAUGUCUAUGUUGGACUGGACCAUACACUUAAAGAUUUGUUGACUGCGCUACGGGCUGUGGCUCAGCUACAGAAUCCUUCCAUGAGAGAGCGACACUGGGCUCAGCUGGCUAUGGCCAUGAAGGUUGGCUUAACUGUUACGGAGAAAACAACCCUUGCAGAAUUACUGACUCUGCAGCUACACAUAUAUGAAGAGGAGGUUCACAAUACAGUGGCCAAAGCAGUGAAAGAGUUGGCCAUUGAAAAGGCGUUAAGUGAGAUCAGUCAGACAUGGUCCCUGAUGGAGUUUACUUAUGAAAAACACUUCCGUACCUCGACACCUGUGCUGAAGUGCGAUGAUGAACUCAUUGAGAUGCUGGAAGAUCAUCAGGUACAGUUGCAGACCAUGCUGCAGACUAAGCAAGUGGAGUUUUUCCAAACAGAGGUACUGGUUCUGCAGAGCCAGCUAACACAGGCUGAUACAGUGUUACUGGUCUGGUUGGAGGUGCAGAGGACAUGGGCUUACCUAGAGAGCAUCUUUAUGGGCUCAGAUGACAUUCGUCACCAGCUGCCCGAGGAGACACAGCGAUUCGACACCAUUGACACUGACUUUAAGGACCUAAUGUUUAAAAGUGCCGAAUCCAAGAAUGUGAUUGCUGCCACCAACAAGCCCUAUCUUUUGGGGAUACUUGAGGAUUUGCAAAUAAGACUUGCUGUGUGUGAGAAAGCGCUAGCAAAAUACCUUGAAAAAAAGAGAAUAGCAUUUCCACGGUUCUACUUCAUCUCUUCUGCUGACUUACUGGAUAUUCUCUCCAAAGGCAACCAGCCCAAAGAGGUCACCCAUCAUCUGCCUAAGCUGUUUGACAGUAUUGCUGACCUGCAGUUCUGUCAGGACGAGCACACGAUGAAGGACAUGGUGGCUGUAGGGAUGUUCAGCAGAGAGAAAGAAUAUGUGCCUUUUCAUUCACAGUGUGACUGUACUGGUCCGGUCGAGCUGUGGCUGACCAAUCUUGAAGAGGCAAUGAGAGAAGCAGUGAGGAAGCACAUAGCUGAGGCCGUAGUCCAGUACGAGGAGCGGCAGUGGGAGCAGUGGGUUCUGGAGCAUCCAGCUCAGGUCACUCUCACAACCUCUCAGAUCUGGUGGUCUACUGAUGUAGGCCUUGCUUUUCAACGUCUGGUGGAAGGAUUUGACACAGCUCUUCGAGAUUACAGCAAGAAACAGAAUGCUCAACUAAACUCCCUGAUAAACAUGUUGCUGGGAGAGCUGAGUCCUGGGGACAGACAGAAGAUCAUGGCACUCUGCACCAUCGAAGUCCAUGCCAGAGACAUAGUAUUCAAACUCAUUACACAAAAGGUGAACAGCGCCAAUUCUUUCACCUGGCUUUCUCAGCUGCGUCACUACUGGGAUGAAAAACAGAAGCACUGCUUUGCCAACAUCUGUGAUGCUCAGUUCCAAUACUCCUAUGAGUACCUGGGCAAUCCCACACGCCUGGUCAUUACCCCUCUCACAGACAGGUGCUAUGUGACCUUAACCCAGUCUCUGCACCUGACAAUGAGUGGCGCUCCAGCUGGCCCUGCUGGCACUGGCAAGACUGAAACCACAAAAGACUUGGGCAGGGCCCUUGGUGUGAUGGUGUAUGUCUUUAACUGCUCUGAACAGAUGGACUACAAGUCCAUAGGAAAUAUCUUUAAAGGUCUGUCUCAGACUGGCACAUGGGGCUGUUUUGAUGAAUUUAACCGAAUCGCUGUAGAGGUGCUAUCGGUUGUGGCGGUGCAACUGAAGACUAUACAAGAUGCCAUUCGUCACAAGAGGAAGAGGUAGGAGACUGGAGGCAAUUGCUUGUGUUUCAGUCAUUCAUAUAUUCAUAUUCAUUAUGAGGAGAUGAGCUUGAAGCCAACAGUUGGGAUUUUUAUUACCAUGAACCCAGACUAUGCUGGAAGAACUGAGUUACCUGAGAACCUCAAAGCACUUUUCAGGCCAUGUGCCAUGGUGGUGCCAGAUCUGGAGCUGAUCUGUGAGAUUAUGUUGAUGGCAGAGGGCUUUCUAAAUGCAAGGCCCUUGGGCAGAAAGUUCAUCACUCUGUACAACUUUUGCAAGGAGCUGCUCUCCAAACAGAAUCAUUAUGAUUGGGGCUUGCGUGCCAUCAAGUCCGUCCUGAUGGUUGCCGGUGCUCUUAAAAGGGAGGAUAAGGCCAGAGCAGAGGAUCAGGUAUUAAUGCGUGCUCUGCGUGAUUUCAACAUGCCUAAGAUUGUCACAGAGGAUGUCCCAGUGUUCCUAGGUCUAGUUAGCGAUCUUUUUCCUGGUGUUGAGGUGCAGAGGAGAACCGAUCAUGAUUUCGAACAACUGGUUCGCCAGACCGCCCAGGAGCUGAAACUCCAACCAGAGGAUCCUUUCAUCCUCAAGGUAGUUCAGCUUGAGGAACUUAUGAGUGUCCGUCAUUCUAUAUUUGUGGUGGGAAAUGCAGGCACAGGGAAGAGUCAGAUCCUAAGAACACUCUAUAAAACCUACAUCAACAUGAACAAAAAACCGGUGUGGAACGAUCUAAACCCCAAGGCAAUUAGUAGAGAUGAACUUUUUGGUUUCAUUCAUCCAGGAACUCGGGAAUGGAAAGAUGGCUUAUUGUCAUGCUUAAUGCGUGAACAGGCCUAUAACUCUCAUCCUGGUCCUAAGUGGAUUGUUCUGGAUGGAGAUGUAGACCCCCUGUGGAUUGAGUCUCUCAACACUGUCAUGGAUGACAAUAAGGUGCUGACUUUGGCCAGUAAUGAGAGGAUACCACUGACCUCCUCAAUGAGACUGGUGUUUGAGAUCAGCCACCUGAGGAAUGCAACGCCUGCUACUGUGUCUCGAGCUGGCAUCUUAUACAUCAACACACAAGAUCUCAGCUGGAACCUGUAUGUAUCCAGUUGGAUCGACAGAAGGAAACACCAGACUGAGAAAGCCCACCUCACCAUCCUAUUUGACAAAUAUGUCUCCCGCUGCUUAGAGCAAAUGAGAAGCUCAUUUAAGACCCUUAUCCCAAUCCCUGAAAACAGCAUGAUACAGACUCUGUGCUUGUUGCUGGAUUGUUUGCUCACUUCUGAGAAUGUUCCAGUGGACUCUCCACGUGAAGUAUAUGAGACCUACUUUGUGUUUGCCUGCAUCUGGGCUUUUGGUGGUGCUACAUAUAAGGAUCAGUUGCAUGACUACAGAGCUGAGUUCAGUCAGUGGUGGACUAAAGAGAUGAGAAGCAUUAAGUUACCGGCACAUGGCUCUGUGUUUGAUUACUAUCUAGACCCCCACACCAGACGCUUCUUGCCAUGGGCUGAAAAAAUACCAUCUUUCCACAUGGAACCAGACAAACCUUUGCAGGCAGUGCUGGUUCCUACAGCAGAGACGGUGCGGAUACAGUAUUUUAUGCGCUUGUUACUGGAAAGCACUCAGCCUCUGAUGCUGGUUGGAGGAGUGGGCACAGGAAAAACAACUAUAGUCAAUGACUUGUUGGCAACACUACCGGAAACGUUUGUAUCUGCCAGUGUACCUCUCCAUUACUACAGCACAUCCUCUACACUGCAGAAGCUUCUAGAGAGGCCAUUGGAGAAGAAAGCAGGCAGGAAGUAUGCUCCUUCAGGGAACAAAAGACUCAUCUACUUUGUUGAUGAUAUGAAUAUGGCAGCCAUGGACAGUUAUGGUACAGUUCAGCCUCACGCCCUCAUACGCCAGCAUUUGGACUACAAACACUGGUAUGACACUCAAAAGCUGUUUCGGAAAGAUAUACACAAUACCCAAUAUAUUGCCUGUUUGAAUCCUCAAGCAGGCAGUUACACAAUCAGUCCCAGACUGCAGAGGCAUUUCUCAGUUUUAGCAGUGAACAACCCCACACAUGAGGCUUUGAGCUCCAUCUACAGCUCCAUUAUCAGCCUGCACAUACAAAGCCUGCCAUUCAAUACGGCUGUGGCCAGGAGUGUUCCCUCUGUUGUACAAGCAGCUAUUGCUCUACAUGACAGAGUGAUCCACAAUUUCCUCCCCUCUGUUAACAAGUUCCAUCAUCUCUUCAGCCUGUGGGACCUCUCCCAGCUCUUCCAGGGUCUAUUGCUCUCUAGACCUGAGUGUGUGACACAUAGCUCUGACCUGGUCCAGCUUUGGGUACAUGAGUCCAGGAGAGUAUAUUCCGACCGGAUAGCUGACACUGCUGACCUGCAGCUUUUCCACAAGCUCCAGAAAGAAAUUGUUCAGCAAGUGUUUGAAGUAAGUAGUAUUAAUAUAUUCACCACUUUUUACAAACCGCUGAUAUACCUACACAGCAGCAAAGGGGGCAUGGAGCCUUGCUAUUGUCCUGUAGAAGGAUGGGAGCAGUUGAGGAGCACGCUGACAGCUGCUCUGGACACCUACAACCAGCUUCAUUCCACCAUGAAUCUAGAAUUGUUCCAAGAAGCCAUGCAACACGUAUGCCGGAUUAGCCGAAUCUUGUUGUGUCAGCGUGGCCAUGCUUUGCUGGUAGGUGUGGGGGGCAGUGGCAAGCAGAGCCUGACCCGUCUGGCUGCGUACUUCUCUAACAUGAACACCUUCCAGCCCAUCCUGCACAAGGGGUACAGCCUCCAAGACCUGAAGGUGGAUCUGGCAGGUCUUUUUGUAAACACCGGGGUGAAAAACCUUCCUACAGUGCUCCUGCUCACAGAUGCUCAGAUCCCUGAUGAACGCUUCCUUAUCAUCAUCAGCACUCUGCUUUCCUCAGGUGAGAUCCGAGAGCUUUUGAACGAUGAGGAAGCGGACGCUGUAGUGAAGGCAGUAAAGAGGGAAGUCGGUGAAUCUGGUUUGUUGGACACUACAGAGAAUUGCUGGAGGUUCUUCAAAGACCGUGUGCAUCAAAAUCUCAAGGUGGUGCUAUGCAUGUCACCUGUAGGUAACACACUGCGUGUUCGUUUGCGCCGUUUCCCAGCUCUCCUUAACUGCACUACAGUGGACUGGUUCCACGAGUGGCCCCAGGAGGCACUGCAGUCCAUCAGCCUUCGGUUUAUAAAGGAUCUUCAUGGCAUUGAACCAGCCAUUCAGGAACCCAUCAGUCUUUUCAUGGCCCAUGCUCAUGCCAGUGUCAAGCAGGCGAGCGAGAGCUAUCGGCAGAAGGAGAGGAGGCACAACUACAGCACACCAAAGAGCUUUCUGGAACUGCUCAGGCUGUUUGGUGCUCUGUUGGAGAAGAGAGACAUGCAGCUGCAGCAGAGGCUUGGCCGACUGAACUCAGGCCUGCAUAAACUGAAGACCACUGCCUCACAGGUGGGAGAGCUUAUGGCCAAACUAAACUCUCAGGAAGUGGAGCUGAAUAUAAAGAACCAGGCAGCUGAGGCUCUGAUCACCAAGAUUGGACUGCAAACAGAAAGAGUGAGCCAGAAGAGAAAGGAUUCUGAUCUAGAAGAGCAAAACGUGGCAGCUAUAAAGGCAGAAGUGACACAGAGACAGAGGGACUGUGAGGAAGACCUGAUUAAAGCUGAACCAGCUUUAGAGGCUGCCACUGCAGCUUUAGAUACUCUUAACAAGGUGAACCUGACAGAGUUAAAGACGUUUCCCAAUCCUCCAGAGGCUGUAACAAAUGUGAUGGCAGCAGUGAUGGUCCUAUUGGCCCCACGUGGACGUGUUCCUAAAGAUCGCAGCUGGAAGGCUGCCAGAGUCUUUAUGGGCAAGCUGGAUGACUUUCUGCAGGCUUUGGUUUACUAUGACAAGGAGCACAUACCGGAGCAGUGUCUUAGCACAGUGAAGCAGGAGUACCUAAGUAAUCCGGAGUUUCACCCUGACCAUGUUCGCACCAAGUCCUAUGCUGCUGCUGGGCUCUGUGCUUGGACCAUUAAUAUUGUGCGCUACUACGAGGUGUACUGUCUGGUUGUUCCAAAGCGUCAGGCCCUUUCUCAGGCCAACACUGAGCUGGACAAUGCUACAGCUAAACUGCUCACAAUUAGAAAGAAACUGGAUGAUCUAGACAGGCACUUGCAGAGCCUCACAGCCCAGUUUGAAAGAGCAGCAGCUGAGAAACUGCACUGCCAGGAGGAAGUGACCCGCACCAGACAGACCAUCGAGCUAGCCAGUCGGUUGGUGGGAGGCUUGCAGUCUGAGAACGUGCGAUGGUCUGAAGUUGCGCUGGAGCUGGAGGCUCAGCAGAAGACCCUGUGUGGGGAUGUGUUACUGGCUGCAGCCUUUGUCUCGUAUGCUGGAUAUUUUACACAGCCUUACAGGCAGCAGCUUCUAGAUUGGACGUGGAACCCUUUCCUCAAAGAACUAAAACCCCUUAUCCCGCUGACAGAAGGCCUGGACCCUAUCCUGCUGCUGGCUGAGCAAGCCAGCAUUGCUGCCUGGCACAACCAGGGCCUGCCGCUCGAUAGGCUGUCUGUAGAGAACGCUGUGAUCCUGACUUGCAGCCAGCGCUGGCCACUACUUGUAGACCCCCAGCAACAGGCCAGCAAGUGGCUCCGGAACCUUUACGGACCUGGACUCAAAGUGCUGCAACACGGAGAGAAAGGAUAUCUUGAUGCCAUUGAGCAAGCAUUGGUCUGUGGUGAAGUUGUGCUGAUUGAGAAUGUGGAGGAAAAACUGGAUGCAGUUCUAGAAUCUCUGCUAGCCAGGAACACGACCAACAAAGGAAGGUUUAUCAGACUAGGGGAUCGAGAUUGUGAGUAUAACAGCAGGUUCUGGCUUCUUCUGCACACAAAGCUGGCCAACCCUGACUUCCCUCCUGAGCUGCAAGCCCAGACCACACUCAUUAACUUCACAGUGACACAGACUGGCCUGGAGGAGCAGCUCUUGGGACAGGUGGUCAGCCAUGAGAGGCCUGACCUGGAGAGCAUGAAGUUGGAGCUGAACACUCAGCAGAACCUGUGUCAGAUAGAGCUGAAGAAGUUGGAGGAUGAGCUGCUGAGCAGGUUGUCUGCUGCUGAGGGUAGCUUUCUGCAAGACGCAGCGUUAGUGGAACAGCUGGAGCACACAAAAAACACGGCUGCGCACAUCCAAAACAAGGUCAAAGAGGGGAGAGAGAACGAAAGGAAAAUCAAUGAGACUCGUGAGCUCUACCGUCCUGUAGCACAGAGAGCUACUCUCCUUUACUUUAUCAUUAAAGAGCUACACAACAUCAAUCCCAUGUACCAGUAUUCAUUUAAGGCUUUUAGUGCAGUAUUCCACAAAGCGAUAGAGCAAACUCCACGAGAUGAAGAUGUGGCAGUGCGCGUCCACUCCCUCACUGAGGCUGUUACUUACUCUGUCUUCAUGUACACCAGUCAGGGCCUUUUCCAGAAGGACAGACUCACCUUUCUUACCCACACUGCCUUCCAGAUUCUCCUCAUGAAAGGUUCCAUUGAAUCUGAAGAGCUGGAUCUUCUUUUGCAUUUCCCAGUGGAGUUCAGCAAUGGAAGUCCUGUCAGCUUCCUAUCUGCCCAUGCCUGGGGAGCCAUCAGGGCUCUGUCAGUGCUGGAAGUGUUUCGUGGUCUGGACCGGGAUAUAGAAGGCUCUCCUAAGCGCUGGAGGAAGCUGGUGGAGUCUGAAUGUCCAGAGAGAGAGCGCCUCCCUUUGGACUGGAAGAAGAAAAAUACUCUGCAGAGACUCAUUAUCCUCAGAGCCUUGCGGCCUGACAGGAUGAGCUAUGCUCUCAGGAACUUUGUGGAGGAGAGUCUGGGUUGCAGGUAUGUGGAAACAACAAGGUUAGAGUUUGAGAAGUCUUAUGAGGAGAGCAGUCCUUCAACACCUUUCUUUUUUAUCCUGUCUCCUGGAGUCAACCCACUGAAAGAUGUUGAAACACUCGGGCUGAAGAUGGGGUUCUCUAUAGACCAGGGGAACCUUCAUAACAUCUCACUGGGACAGAGCCAGGAGAGUGUGGCUGAGAAAGCUCUAGUUAAGGCAGCUACAAAAGGCCACUGGGUCAUUCUACAGAAUGUGCAUUUAGUGGAGCGUUGGCUGGGUCAUCUGGAAGCUCUUUUGGAGAAUACAGGCCGGAAUGCUCACCCGCAGUACAGAGUGUUCAUGAGCGGACAACCUGCUUCCAGCCCUGAGGAGCACAUCAUUCCCAGAGGCAUCCUGGAAAACGCGCUCAAAUUGACCAAUGAGCCACCCACAGGCAUGAACGCCAGCCUUCAUGUCGCACUGCACAACUUCAGCCAGGAAACUCUGGAUAUGUGUUCACAUGAGCAGGAGUUUAAAGCACUCCUGUUCUCUCUCUGCUAUUUCCACGCGUGCGUCAGUGAGAGGAGGAAGUUUGGGUCUCAGGGCUGGAAUCGUUGCUACCCGUUUAACACCGGAGACCUCACCGUCUCCAUUAAUGUGCUGUAUAACUACCUGGAGGUUAAUUCAAAAGUGCCGUGGGAGGAUCUGUGUUAUCUGGUAGGAGACAUCAUUUAUGGAGGACACAUCACUGACGACUGGGAUAGAAGACUCUGCUGCACAUAUAUACAGGAGCUCCUUAAUCCAAAAAUGUUUGAAGGAGAGCUAUUCCUCUGCCCUGGCUUCUCACUUCCUCCUGAUCUGGACUACGCCGGCUAUCACAGUUAUGUGGAUCAGAGGUUGCCAGAGGAAAAUCCAAGUCUCUAUGGCUUGCAUCCUAAUGCAGAGAUCGAGUUUAUGACCAACACAUCCAACGCUCUCUUUAACACGUUGUUAGAACUGCAGUGCAGAGACUCACUGGGAGAAGAAGCAGGACAGAGUGCAGAGGAGAAGGUAAAAAGUGUGCUUGAUGACAUUCUGGAGAAGCUGCCUGAGAAAUACAGCAUGUCAGAGCUGCUGGCUAAGACAUCAGAGCGCACGCCGUUGGUUCUGCUCUGUUUGCAGGAGUGUGAGCGCAUGAACCUACUGAUAUCUGAGAUCCACAGCUCUCUCACACAGCUGGACCUGGCCCUGAAGGGUGAGUUAAGCAUCUCUCCUGACAAGGAGUCUCUGCAGACAGCUCUUUACUACAACAGAGUUCCUGAAAGCUGGAGCCGACUGACUUACCCCUCUACAAACACACUUACACAGUGGUUUAAUGAUGUCCUCAGUCAGUGUCGAGAGCUGGACACUUGGACACAGGACUUUGUGCUUCCUGCUGUGGUGUGGCUCUCAGGACUGUUUAGCCCACAGUCUUUCUUGACCGCGAUCAUGCAGAGCAUAGCUCGUAAGAAUAAGUGGCCGCUUGACAAGAUGGCUUUGUCCGUGGAUGUGACUAAGAAGACAAAGGACGAUUAUGGCCACCCACCUCGAGAAGGAGCAUACGUUCAUGGGCUCUAUAUCGAGGGUGCUCGAUGGGAUACCUCGGCAGGGGUUCUGUCUGAGGCUGUGUUAAAGGACCUGACCCCAGCCAUGCCCGUGCUAUAUAUCCGUGCAGUACCUGCUGACAAGCUGGAGCUGAACAACACCUACGAAUGCCCAGUGUACCGAACCAAACUGCGUGGUUCCAGCUUCAUCUGGAGCUUCCACCUUAAAACACGGCACCCACCUGCCAAGUGGGUGCUGGCAGGAGUGGCCCUGCUGCUCUCCGUGUGAGUGAACAGCCAAGUGGUACUUUAUCUACAUUACUAAGUGCUACUUAAGUGCUCUUCGUACCAAGCUGAAGAACAUGGUUGCUUUGCGGUUGUAUUUUUCAUUUUAGAAAUUUAACUUGCAGUAUUGUUCUGGUCUA